AAAAACCCAACAGUUUCAGCACACUAUAUUAUGCUCUAAAAGGAUCUCGUGACAGUGUCUCUUUAUUCAUUCAGUCACAAAAACAAGCAGAUAAAAAUGCAUUCACAACUUUAUGAAAGAAUGACAUAAGCUAAUAUCACACUCCAUAUCAUAAACACAAAUUAAACAGAACUUUUGAUUAGGUACAGGACCUCUGAGGGAGAGUCGAAGGGAAAAAUUAGAACCACCACGGAACAGGGGUUUGAACUCAAACCGGGAACUCGAUUAGAAACUGAAUAAGCAACAGCACCGCCGCAAAAUAGUGGAGAUAUGGUGUUUGUGAAAAUGGGUAAAUGGAGUGAUUUUUUGUUAAGUCUGUUUUCAGUGAAGAGAAGGUUCUUUCUGUGGAAGGAAGUGCUCAUAGUGGUGCAUUUCAACGGAGAAGAUGGUGUUUGAGGUAGAAAGCUAUGAAGGCGAGCUGAACAGGAACAGCUAUGGGGGAAUUCAGUGUUUCAUAUUGUGCAGAGAGUGUGUGUGUGCGCGCGCGCGAGUGAAUUUCUUGCAGAGUGUGUGCGACAAUAGUUUAAUUUUACAAUUCCAUUCCUCUUAGCUCUUGCACAAGCCAGCUCCAAGGAGUGACAGAUAAGUAUAAUAGAAAAUCAAGAAUCUUUCUUGAGUUACUUUAUUCCAGUUCAGUACUUAACAGAUUGAACAGUUAUAUGCAAUAUAGAAAUCAAUAAUUAAAUCAAGAUUUAUGGCCUAGAAAAAUGAACUCUCACAUGGUUGUACAAGGUUUUUUAAUGAGCUUAAUUAAAUAGCCUUAAUCUGCGCUCUUGUGCUUCUGAAAAGGCAAUGUCUAUUUGACUACUUGUGAUGCUUUUGUAUCUUCUGUGGCAGAUAAAAACAAAAUUUCUCACACUCUACACCUACCCCUCUCGCCGGCCUGGCCCCAAAAUUCCAAUAGAAAAUUCUCAGGAAAACAACUUGGUGGUGUUAGGAUCUAGCUAGAGAGAGAUGGCUUAUGCUGUUAUAACUUCCAUUAUGACAACUAUAGAGCAAGUCUUGCAAUUCAAUCCAAGUUUGAUUUCUGAAUGUAGGGAAUCCGUUGAUUCACUUUAUGGAACACUUUCUUUCUUGCAAUCUUUCCUUGAGGACACGGGAAAGCAGAUCAGUGAUCAAGAAGCAUUGAUGUUUUUGGAAGAAAAGAUUAGAGAUGCAGGAUAUAAAGCAGAAGACACAAUUGAUUUGUGCCUAAGAAGAAUCCAUGUGGCUGAUUCUGAAAAAGUGCAGAACAACGCUCGUUGUAAGCUUUAUGACGAGUUGCUGCAAAUAAUAGAAGUAAUGGAUUCCAUACAAGGAGAAGUGAUGAAGUUCAAGAAUGACCGGCACAAUAACCAGCAAGAUAUCAAAGAUCUUUCAGCAAUAACUUCUUCACCUUUGCGCUCAUCAGGGCGUGUCUGGGAUGAGGAAAAUAGUCUUGUUGGAAUGGAGGAUGAUUUCAACAUCAUAAGAGAUCAACUCUUUAGGCAAACACCAGAGCUGAACGUUGUCUCAAUUGUUGGUAUGGGCGGUAUCGGUAAGUCGACUCUUGCUAGAAGUUUAUUUAAUCAUCCAUCAGUAUCCCCACGCUUUGAUAUUUCUUCAUGGGUUACUGUUUCUCAAGCAUAUGAUGCAAAAGAAAUGCUUUUGGAUGUCCUAAGCUUCGGCACUCCAGGUGGGAAGGCAAUGUACCGCAAUAUGAGCGAAGAUGAAUUAUUGGACCAAGUGCAUAGAAAAUUGAAAAGGAAGAGGUAUUUGAUAGUUUUGGACGAUAUGUGGACUAUAGAGGCUUGGGACCAAGUAAGAAGAUCAUUUCCCGAUGAUGAAAAUGGAAGUCGCAUAAUGAUAACUACUAGGCUCCUCGAAGUAGCUAAUUGUGCUGGCAAUGAUUUCCCUCCUCAUCACAUGCCUUUUCUUAGUCUUGAAGAUAGUUGGAAAUUACUAUCUCUUAAGGUUUUUGGAAAUGAAGAUUGUCCUCCUCAGCUCGAGGAAGUAGGAAAGCAGAUAGCGAAACAAUGUCAAGGGCUAGCUCUCUCAGUUGUUGUCAUCGCUGGGCUUCUGUCGAAGAUCAUUAGGACAUAUGAUGAUUGGCAACAAAUUGCUGAUAAUGUGAAUUCCCACAUAGGUUCAACCUCCCAGCAGUGUUUAGCAAUAUUAGCUCUGAGUUACAACUACUUGCCUUGUAGCUUGAAAGCUUGCUUUCUUUAUAUGGGGGUUUUCCUUGAAGAUGCAGAUAUUUCUGCGGAUAAGUUGAUUAGAAUAUGGGUUGCUGAAGGUUUUCUGAAGCGAAAUAGUCAUAAAAAGCCAAAGGAAGUAGGAGAAGAAUGUUUAGAGGAGCUAGUUAGUAGAAGUUUGAUUAUGGUUAAUAGUCGAGGGUGGGUAAGCGGAAAAAUUAAAAGUUGCAGAAUUCACGACCUCAUUCGACUAAUAUGCUUGAGAGAAGGGAAAGCCGAAAAGUUUUUUCAUGUCAUAAGUGAAUGUUACGAAGUGUCCUCAGAAGGCGUGGAGAGUGAACAUCGACUAUUUUUGUAUGAAGACGCUGUACAAAACCAGAAUAUCGGCCUAGAGAAAGGCAAUCUGGAUUCAGUUCGCACCAUCUCAUGCACGCAUAAACCACAUGCUUCUUUACUCGACUAUGAAUGCUACAAAAUAGUGGAUUCUCGUUUUCAAUUGCUAAGGGUAUUGGAUGUACUACUGAUUUAUUUUCUACGUUUUCCAACUGAGAUAACACAAUUAGUGCACUUGAGAUAUCUUGCAUUGGCCACUUCUACCAGUGUUCCGGCAUCAAUAUCUAAUCUGUGGAAUCUACAGACAUUGAUUGUUCAUUCAGUUGCGAAUGAAUUAUCCUGGCCAUUAGAAAUUUGGAAAAUAUCAAGUUUGAUACAUUUCUAUCCUGGGAAAAUGUAUGUGCCUGCUCCUCCUAAGGCACCAAAUUUUUUGGGCCUAGAAAACUUAGAAGAGCUUUCACUAAGCACUGCUACUUCUUCCGACUUGAAGGAAAUCUUUAUGGCAAUCCCUCAUGUAAAGGUAUUGGAUGUUGAGCUCAAUCAAGAUGGAUGGGAUAAUGUUAUAGAUAAUCUUAUCUAUUUAGCUGAUCUUCAGAAUCUAAGAAUUCUUCUCCGUCUUCCAUUUGAUGCACAAUUAUUCCAAAGGCUGAGUGCUCGACCAUUUGACGUUUUCCCAGCAAACCUCAAGAGUUUGAUACUUGCAGAGACGCAUCUACUAUGGACGGAGAUGACAAUGCUUAGUAACUUACCUAACCUUGAGGGGCUCAAACUAGAACUUUUUGCUUUUCAGGGGAGCAAUUGGAAUCUAGAUGAAGGAGGUUUCAAGAAACUAAAGUUGCUAGACAUUGUCCAGACGGAGUUGGUGCACUGGCAUGCGACCAGUGAUAGUCUUCCAAGCCUUGAGUAUCUAAUUCUAAGACAUUGUUAUAAGUUGAAGGAGAUUCCUACAGAGAUUGGAGAUAUUCCCACAUUGAAAUUGGUUGAGUUGCAUUAUUGUAGCCAAUCUGCUGUCACUUCUGCAGAGGAAAUUCUAGAAGAACAACAAUGCUUGGGAAAUGAAAUUCUUGCAGUCCGCGCUUACAACACUAGAGGCUAAGAAGUGGAAGAAGAUGAAGGGAUAAGGGACAUUCUCAACUAAGAAUAUAAGUAUAUUUGAUACUUUAUGCUUCUAAAUGGGAUGAGCGUAGAUGAACUGAAUAAGCUGAAAUCAGAAUGGAUGAUUUACGGUAAUCCUUUUAUUGAUUAGCUUUAAAUUCUCCAUUUUAUUCUUAAUGAGAUGAUUUAGUCAUACAAAUUUUGUAUGGUUUGUUCUAGA